GCUGUUUAUAAACAAUUUGUGUUUUUUCUCACGUGCAUUUUUCUUCCCUUUUCCUCAAUGAAAACCCGUGAAAUUCUUACCCUCCAAUUCGGGAAUUAUGCCAAUUACGUGGGAACGCACUUCUGGAACAUUCAGGAAGCCGGAUUCCAAUAUGAACCCGGAGCGACUGUCUCUGAGGUGAAUCACGAUGUGCUGUUCCGAGAGGGACAGAACCAUCGUGGGGAUGUCACCUACACACCCAGGAUGCUGAGCAUGGAUCUCAAAGGCGCUCUGGCGCACUUGUCAGAGGACGGAGAUCUCUAUGAUGAUGAAUCAGCCGAAAAGGUGCGGUCUGGAAAUUCGGAAGCUCUCACUCCGCAGAUUCCAUGGAAUUCCCAGAAUAUUGAAAUCGUGCAAGCGCCUGUGACAGAAAAACCAGCUUAUCAGAAGGAUUUACAGACGAGUGGUGGAGCUUCUCAAGACUACAAUUUCCAAUCUACUGUAAAAUCCUGGACAGACUUUAUGUACAGUCGCUAUCAUCCGCGGAGUUUGAAUGUUAUCCAAGAGUACAGUCACUCUGACGAGGAGAACACAUUUGAUACCUUUACGAAUGGACGUGAAUUGUGGAAGAGUGGAUCUUUUGACGAGGACUUUUGUGAUAAGAUCCGUCAGUACAUCGAGGAGUGCGACAAUUGUCAGGGAUUCCAGGUUCUCUUUGACUGCAUUGACGGAUUCUCUGGACUCUCGGCCAAGUGUUUCGAAGAAUUGAGCGAUGAGUACGGCAAGAGUAUUCUGGCUUAUCCUCUCAUUCCUCCUCACAUGAGAAACUUCAAGAACGCCGAUACCAUAAUGAGUUGCUCAAUUCGAGUCGUAAACAUUGCAUUGAGUUUCGUCUCGCUGAUUGAGAGUACUUCGCUGUUCGUUCCACUUUCGACGAUGGCUCAAGGAUGGAGAAAUGUGGCUGCAAGUAGACAAUUUCCCAAUGUAUCAUACAAUCCGGAGAACGCUUAUCAAACAUCUGCAAUUCUGGCCACAUUCCUGGAUACGCUUACGCUCAAGUAUCGAGCGAAGGACAUUCUUCAGCCACUGGUUUUGUCAGAGUUUUGUGCCGAUCUCAAUGCCUAUGGAUGGAAAAUGUGUGCUGCAGAUUUGGGCUUUCCAUUUGAUGCGCAGAUUCCUGAUGUUUCUGAUGGAUUAAAUGAUCUGCAGACGAAGCCAAUCUUCACGCACUUAACUCCGAACAGUGAAAUAUCCCGUGGACAAAUAAUGAAGACUAUGAUUCGUGGUGUGCACAGAUCACAAAUCGCCUCAACGGAUGCACGAGGAUCUCACCAAUCAGCGGAUUUAUCGUUCUUCCCUUACGGCGAAGCUUCCUUCAAGUUGCAAAGGUACUUGGAGAGUCUCAAAUGUGCCAAUUCCGUGCCUGUAAUGACUUACCAGACGCCAAUGCCGGUGAAAGUGCCUUAUCCUGACGAGAUUUUCUCCAAGAACAUCAAUGUUUCCGGUUACGAGAGUCAUUAUAUGAGGGAAGAAGGCGUCAGAGUGUCUUCAAUUCCUGUUCUGGCCGCUGUGUCUGCCACGAAGCAUCUCAUGGGCACAAUCGACAGCCUCCACGCGGAGGCGGAGAAGGUAAAGCUGUCCAAAGUGUGUCGUUUCAGGGAGACUGGACUGGAAGCUGAUGAGUAUGGUGAGGUUCUGCACAAAUUACUGGACUUUCGCGAUCUCUAUGACGAUCACGUUCAAUUGUAGACAAUUUACUAAUCAAACACGUCUGAAAGGUCUGAAAUAAAUAUAGCAUGCGAAGGAAGUUAUGUUAUAGCGAUGCUCAUCAAAUUUUAUGAUGAAUUCAUAGGCGAUGAAAUUUGUGUGGU